UGAGUUUACCGAGAAAGAGGGAAUCACUAUUCGAGGGUGCUGUAUAUACAAUCUGGGUCAGCUGCAGCUGGUUACUGCACUUCUCCAUGUGGCAGUCAGAGCAAAGCCACAAUGCUUUCUCUGCCGGAUUAAAGACAGCCCACAGACCAGAACUUCCACUAUACUACUUAAAAUUACAUAGGUGGCUUGUCAAGUUCAAUUGAUUAGUGUUGUAAGAAGAAAAAGAAGGUCCUUAUUACUGGUUGGAUUUGACGGUCCAAAACAAAAAUGCAAUUGCCAUUAAAGUCACAGAUGAACAAACAUCUACAUUGAUUUUUAAAAGCAAGAAUAAGAGCAGCAAGUUUCUGGGUCUGCUUUAUCAACAGAUGCAUAAAGCUGGCAGUGUAGCAACUAUGAAGAGAAAUAGUACCAAUAAAAUUAACCCAAAGCACGGACGACUUUUUUUCUUUUUUCCUUUCUUUUUUCCUAAAAACAACCAAGCAAAGGCAUAGAUUUAAACUUAAACUUCAUUCGACCUCAUUUCAAAAUGAAGGCUUUUAUCUGGAUCCUUAGUGUGCUAUUCUUCCUACUAAUGGGCAUUGGACACUGCAGAGGAGGCCAGCUCAAAAUAAAAAAAACAACGCAGAGGAGAUACCCUCGUGCCACAGAUGGUAAAGAGGAAGUAAAGAAAUGUGCAUAUACAUUCCUGGUACCUGAACAAAAAAUUACAGGGCCGAUUUGUGUCAAUACCAAAGGGCAAGAUGCAAGUACCAUUAAAGACAUGAUCACCAGGAUGGACCUUGAAAACCUGAAGGACGUGCUCUCCAGGCAGAAGCGGGAGAUAGACAUCCUGCAGUUGGUGGUGGAUGUAGAUGGAAACAUUGUCAAUGAGGUAAAGCUACUGAGAAAAGAAAGCCGUAACAUGAACUCGCGUGUUACUCAACUCUAUAUGCAACUACUACAUGAGAUUAUCCGUAAGAGGGAUAAUUCACUUGAACUUUCCCAGUUGGAAAAUAAAAUCCUCAAUGUCACUACAGAAAUGUUGAAGAUGGCAACAAGGUACAGGGAACUAGAGGUAAAAUAUGCUUCCUUGACUGAUCUCGUCAAUAACCAGUCUGUGAUGAUCACUUCACUGGAAGAACAGUGCUUGAAGGUAUUUUCCCGACAAGACCCCCAUGUGUCUCCUCCUCUUGUCCAGGUAGUGCCACAGCACAUUCCUAACAGUCAUCAGUACACUCCCGGACUGCUGGGAGGAAACGAGAUACAGAGGGAUCCAGGUUAUCCCAGAGACUUAAUGCCACCACCUGAUCUGGGAACUUCUCCCACCAAAAGUCCCUUCAAGAUACCACCAGUAACUUUCAUCAAUGAAGGACCAUUCAAAGACUGUCAGCAUGCAAAAGAAGCUGGACAUUCAGUCAGUGGGAUUUAUAUGAUUAAACCUGAAAACAGCAAUGGACCAAUACAGUUAUGGUGUGAGAACAGUUUGGAUCCUGGGGGUUGGACUGUUAUUCAGAAAAGAACAGAUGGCUCUGUCAACUUCUUCAGAAAUUGGGAAAAUUAUAAGAAAGGGUUUGGAAACAUUGAUGGAGAAUAUUGGCUUGGACUGGAAAAUAUCUAUAUGCUUAGCAAUCAAGAUAAUUAUAAGUUGUUGAUUGAAUUAGAAGACUGGAGUGACAAAAAAGUCUACGCAGAAUAUAGCAGCUUUCGCCUGGAACCUGAAAGUGAAUUCUUUAGACUGCGUCUGGGAACUUACCAGGGAAAUGCAGGGGACUCCAUGAUGUGGCAUAAUGGUAAACAGUUCACCACACUGGACAGAGAUAAAGAUAUGUAUGCAGGAAACUGUGCCCACUUUCAUAAAGGAGGAUGGUGGUACAACGCCUGUGCACAUUCUAACCUAAAUGGAGUAUGGUACAGAGGAGGCCAUUACAGAAGCAAGUACCAAGAUGGAAUUUUUUGGGCUGAAUAUCGAGGCGGGUCAUACUCCUUGAGAGCAGUUCAGAUGAUGAUCAAGCCUAUUGACUGAAAGAGAGACAGUCUCCAGCUUAAAUGACAUAGAACUCUGUAUUUUUCAGUUCCUAAAAAUGUAAAUGUUACAUGUAUAUUGUUUUGCACAACUCAUUGCUACAGAUAUAUUUUUUAAAACGAAUGUUACCAUAACUGUAAAGGGGGAUUUAUAAAUGUAGUUUCAUCUUCCUCAAUGUACUGCAGAAGGUUAUUAGUACCCAUAACCCCAGUUAUUUUAAAAACUAUAUUGAUUAAAUACAGGCAAAGUUUGUUUUAUAAAAUGUAAAUAUUUGCCACAAUGUAUAACAAACCUUAGCUUUAUUUUAAAUCAAAACUGAAUACAUGUUCAAGAACAACUUAUUUAAAAACUUUGAGAUUGCUCUAACUUCCAAUAGAAAAAUAAUUUUAAGAUUUCAAGCCAAGUAACACAUUUUAUUUAUAAAAAUAUAGACAGGAAAUUAGAGAAAAUUCUAGUUUUGCCAAAAGAAAAUAUAUUUUGCAUUGAAUAAAAGUUAUUUCAAAUUGAGUUUGUGCCUUUCACAUAAAAUGAUUAGAUCUGAAUUCCUGACAACAUAUUUUAUGCCGAUUUCCCAAAAGGAUUAAGUGACCCAUGGUAUUAAAAUACAUAUUUUAAAACAAAAAUAGUGUCUGCAAUAUUUAAAGUCAAUUUACGAAAAUAGAAAUAUACAAGUCAUUUUUUCAAUAUCAUCUUCAUAUGAUUUGUUGGACAUCAAAAUUUCCUGAAAUGCAUGUUUUGUUGUAUCAGCAAAAUACUGAUAUUACAAAAACUUAGUAAGCCAAAGAUUUUCAGAUCUGAA